GUCAACAUUUAUCAAUUUAUCAUGAUUUAAGUACACUACGCUUGCCAAGUUGGAUGGAUAAGCCAAGUUGGAUCUGGCUGUGGGGGGCAGCGAUACCUCUCAAAUUGAAGGUUUUUGUCUGGCAAAUCCUUUGUCGGGCUUUACCAACUACUGAUGCGCUCAUUGAAAAGAGGGUUCCCGUGCUCCCCCGAUGUCCGGUUUGCUAGGAAAGUCCGGAGACAAUGGAGCACUUGUUUCUUGAUUGCCCGGUUGCGCAAGCCCUCUGGGAUUACUCGGGGCUAGAAUACUUGGGGGAGGGACUGCCGCGACACACGUUCCCCUUGUUUCUUAAGCGUCUGCUGGCUCUGAUCCAUCAUCCACAUUUGUUCAUGGCGGUGGUUGCUAUCCUCUGGCGGAUAUGGCGAUCCCGGAAUUGGGUUGUCUUAAAAGGCAAACAGUUUGGGAUGCCGGCGCUAAUGCGUCAAUUCAAUAAGUAAUUUGAAGAAUGGGUGAGCUUGCCAGUUGACCAUGUCCCUAUGGGGUCUUUUCCGGUACUGCAGCCCUUAUGUCAAGAGGAUGAUUCCCGCUUUAUAUGCAUGUGGGAUGGAGCAAGUAGGAAUGGAUCGCAUUCCGCUGGUGGAAUGGUACUUUUCGAUCCGGCGCGGUCGCGCAUUUUGGCGAAGGGGGUUCAGUUCCCUCAGAUUGAUGAGCCUAAGAUGAUGGAAUUGCUUGUGCUGCGGGAGGCUGUGGCUUGGUGUGUGGAGUGUGGCUUGUCAGAAGUCCGGUUCGAGGGGGAUGCGAAGGUUCUUAUUGAUAAGAUCAAUCAAGCCGACAUAAGGGAUAGCCGUCUGGGUGCUGUCUUGGAGGAGAUUGAUCAAAGUUUGUGCGUCCACUCUGGGUUUAGUGUGCGAUUUGUAGGUCGGGAGAACAAUAGGGUAGCUCAUUCGGUAGCUAGAAAAGCCCUCUCUUUGUAUCCGACUGUGUGUCGCUUCUUUGAUUUUCGGGCCUAGCUUGUUUCCAGGAUGUAACUAUCUUUUUUGAUCAAUAUAUGAUAUCUUUUGAC